AUGUUGCCUCCAUCGUUGCCGAGCGGGCAGCAGCGAGUCCUUUCCACGGCGACCAUUCGCGCAGUGCAUCAUGCUUCGGCUGGUUCUGCGUUCGUUCUCUGCAGCCAUAAGCUGGAUCUACUCGUCCAUCGGCGUCGUCUGAGAAACUCCCCUCACCCUCAUCAUCAACAGCAGUGUCAUCAUUUUUGGUUCGAUCGCCGGCGCUUGUGGUCGUCAUAUCUAGGCAAUGAUGUACAGAAGCAUCUUGAAAGGCGCCACCGCGCUCUGCGGCACAAAUAUGCCAAGGCGAUGCUGAGGCGGUCACUGUGGGACAGACAAAGCCAACUCGAUGGUCAAAAUACCCACCUUUCACUCUGGGGAUGGCGUGCGGCAAGUUCGUGGGGCAAGCAUUGUGGACGGUGGGGUCAAUAUAAGUCUUCUUCUGAUUCCCAGGGAAAUGCCGAAAAGGGUUCGGAUAAGCAUUCCCGUUCUGAGUCGAGACAUGAGCAGAUGCGGAGGCGCAUUGAAGAGGUGAAGAAACUAGUUGAAGAAGAUCCCUUUGGUGCCAUCUUUGGAAGGCACGCUGAUCCAGAAUCUGGCUUUCCGAAAUCGAAAUCACAUUCCCAUUGGUCGCCAUUGCAGUGGCUGCGCCGCGAUACCUCUGACGCUCAUCGGAAUAGUCAAGAUAUCAUUGAUGCGGUUGCGCGACGGAGCGACCAAGCUUCUUCCACAAAAGUGCCAAAUCCCCCAGAGACAUCUGCGACAGAGGAGUACGAAUUUGACCCUAUUUCCAUGCGUAAAGUUCCCAAGCGGCCCAACAAAGGCGAAGACACGAAUUCGACCGACGUGUCUUACGAUAUUCCGGUGAAGAAGUUUCGAGGCUAUCGGGAACAACAGAUCCCUCAGACCCAGGCAUCUGCUGGAGAGACCAGUUCAGAUUUCCGUUCGUCACACGAGGGUACACCGGCUGCGCAAGAUGGUGAUCAGUUGCCAAAAAAGGACAACGUGCCUGAGUACCGUCCACGAGAACCGACCGAUACUCGACCCAAAUUCUCUCCUGAAUCGAGAAAAACAAGUGAUAUUGCCAAGGAGACUAGAGACGAUGUCGAUCUUCUUCGUGCAAGUGACGUUCGUGCCGCGGCUGGUCGAACAAAGCAGUCACAGGCCGAGUCUCCGGAGAAAAAGCGUGCCACGCGGCGCCGUCUUGAUGCGGAAUUCUCCAAAGAGCAAGAUCUUAGUCAGAAAGCCGCGGAGCAGGCGGCCAUGAAGGACGCUGCAAAGCGAGGUCGAACACCUCCUGGUCGGGAUAAUUCUGAGGAGGCCCGUAAGAGGGCAGCAUCUGGCGCAAAUGUGAAGAGUCCGAGGGCUGAAGAUAGGACCAAGCCGGCCAUCGAUGUAUGGGGUUACAGUCUUGCGCCCAGAGGCCUUGAGACAUCGUAUGCUGAAGAGGUUGAAAGGCGCGUCCAAAUUGGUGAACUCGAAUAUAUGAGAGAGCUCGAGGCCAGAGAAAGAGCUGAGCCAGACGGAUACGAUACUGAACCCAUGGGCCUUCAGACCUCAUUCGAAGAGGAGCAACGGCAAGGCUAUGUGGACCCAAGGGAACUCGAAGCGGUUGCCCGUGAAAAGGAAGUCGAUGCAUACAGCAAGAAGCCAAUGGGCCUGGAGACCUCGUAUGAGAACGAAGUCCGAGAGUAUCCUGAAGGAUGGCCGGCAGAAGGGGCCAAUGGCAAUGAAGCCGAGAUUUAUAGGAAAGAUCCUAUGGACCUUGAAACCUCGUAUGAGGAAGAGCUCAGAGCGCUAAAGGCGGCUUCGGAUGGGAAAGAAACAAAACUCGACUUUGAUGGAUACAUUGGAGAGCCAACAGAACUGGAAACCACUGUAGAAGAAAACUUUCGGGCCAUCACCAACCCAUCGUUGAAGAGAAAGGACAUACCGCGGAGAGAUGACGGUUAUAGCAAAGAGCCAAUGGGCUUGGAGACAUCGUAUAUGGAAGAACUGGCAGGAACUGCCCGUCACGAAUCGGCCCAGCAGAAACUCAGAAAGGAGCAGCAGGAAAUGCUUGAGAAAGAACUGAGUGUGUACGAUGAGGGGCUGGAAAAGUCGUAUCAAAAGGAACAAGAAGCCGAUGAAAGUCAGUCUCGAAACGCCACCUCAAAUGGCCAACCCGAACGGGUGCAAAGUGAAGGAGAUUUGGCCGGCAACGUGGCUGAGUUUGCUUCCCGAGAUCGAUGGUACAAACAAGCAGCACCACACUCUAGCAUGCCCGAGUUUGAGAAAUAUGCCAGCACUGAAAUACCCGAUGGUCAUCUCGAUGCCAAUCUAAAGGAGUUGUACCAGGGUAUUUCCGAAUCGUAUGACGCUGCUUCCCAUCAGAGAAAACAAGACGACGUUGGUACUCGAAACGCGGAACUUGACUCUGCUCUGGAACAGUAUGAAGACAAACUUGGCCCGCAAGCCUACCACUUCACUACCGGUCAAGAUUCCUUGGAGGAAGAACUCGCUUUCAGGACAAGACUCCAGCAGGUCUCCGCAAGUCCUUCAAAGCCCACUGCCUCAUCCCCAAACGAGCCUCUCUACGAUUCGUUUGAAUACCCAUCUCGAGACCCGGAUCCCCUUGCUCUUCGUCUGGAGGAAGCUGAACAGCGUCUUCACGAAGAGGUCAGAGAAAACAACGACUUUCUCUACGAUCUUCAAAACGAGAUUAGCAAAUCGGAAGACACUCUAACAUCUCAUUUCCCUUCCACCCUCUUCUCCACAGACAACAUGGGCAUUCGCCCUUCCCGACUUAAUAAACUCCAGCACGAGCUGGAGAUUCAUGAUCUCCAUCUCCGAUUAGCGGAAAUGCAAAUCGAGCGAGCCGGCACCAUUCUACGUGGCCAUCCAGUUGCAACGGCAACCUCGACGUCGUAUACCGCAGCCCCUCAGCACCUUCCUCAGCCCUCCGAACAGCACCCGCAGUCCCACGAGCGGGGUCUGCCUACGCUUUACAAAGUUCUAGCUUAUGACCGUUCUUCCAAGACUGUAGUUCUCGCAACGACCACGUCUUCAACCGCCUCGGCUCAGGCUGAGCCAUCACUCACUCCGUCUGCAGCCCUCGCGAAGCUGGAAUCUCCGGCCCGGUUCCUCGCCCAUUUCCCUGCUCUCCAAGCCGAGGGCUACGAAAUCGUGUCGGGAAGCGGAGACGUGCUCGUCUUCAAGAAAGUCCGAGAGACCGAAUCCGAAGCUGCAACGAGCCAGGGCAUCGACGAUCAAUUUGCAGGAUUCAGUCUCACCGACUAUGAACUUGUUUCAACCCAACCCGGUGGCAGGACGAAAUCUGACAUUCAAUAUGAAGUCUACCCGCGCCAAAUCAAUCCCAUCGAUGGCACUACUACCACUCCGCAGACGGGCAAUUUUGCUUCCCCUACGGGUUUUGUGAAUCACGAUGCGUUUGAUCCGCUCGAGAUUGACGCGCGCGAGUAUGAGCUGGAGAUGAGAGAAGAGGCUAUGAGGAAGUUUGCUGAAAAUGCGACAAAGAGAGCCGAAGCAAUCAAUCUCGCCGAAGUCGAGCCCAAGGAGCAAACACAGCAGGAUAAUUCCGCCAAGAGUUCUGCUAUUGACAAAGAGUCGAAAACGACUGGAAGUGCUUCAGCAGAGGAAGAGCCGUUCAGCAAGAAACUUGCGCGAGGUGCUAUCAUCACUACUGUUGCAGCAGGAGUUACUUAUGCCGCCGGUGUAGUCACCGAAUUGUGGCGCACUGGUGGAUUCUAG